AAUCCUAAUAUUUUCUGUCGUUUAUGCAAAAAAAAUUUGCGAAUAGUUUACGGGCCUAUGGUUACAAAGAAAUCUGGAUUUUCGUCUUACAUGAAUCUAUUCAAGCCGUCUGCGAGGGAAAAUGACUAUGGUCGAGUGAUAGCUCAAAGUCUCCAUCAGAUCGGGAUAUCUGUUCAGAAAAUUGAAGGAGUGUCAGAAGUUGUUUGCUCUCCGUGUGGAAGAAAGCUUUUAAAGUUAUGUGGCACGUUUACUUCUGUUUCAUCGGCACUUGCUGAAGUUUCUUGUGAAGGCGAUGGUGGUGAAACGUUUAAACGAAAGAUUGGAGCUGUUUUAACUCCGGGAAGAAGCCCUGGAAAGGCUAGCAGGAAACAAAAACGGGUGACUUCCCCGUCAAAGCAGACCGAAGGCCGCGUUCCUUGAUCGAAAAAGACGCUUUUUGACAAAGGAAAUCGUUCAGAGUCUGAGAUCGCCGAUUCUGUGCAAGCGAUUUCAGCAUCAGAUGCUAUGUUGUCGAAGUUAAACGUGGACGACUUGGACACGUCAAGUGGUUCCAAAAUCAAAGUCGUAAUUGCUUUUCCUUCCGGACACGUCCGCGCACAAUCCACGUUUGAUGGCGAAGUGCAGUCUGUAAUCAUGUAUCUCGCUCUGGGUCGUUGGGGCCCUGCGAUACGAGCGAUGUUUAACCAUCGAGAUUUGUUCGCAGAACUUCUGGCUGCAGUGCAACAACAAGCCAACCGAGAGUUCACUGAGUACAGUCAGUUCGACAGUUGCCUGAAGAUAACCAGCCGAGAUCAACUUGGAGUUUUUUCCAACAGAGCGCUUGUUAAGGAGCUUUCGGUUCAGUGCCCGAUAUUUUACUCUGUCGUCACUGGGGCUUGCAAGGACGCGUCCGAUUUAAGCUCCAUCAACGCGAUAACGCUUGCCACUUCUUCGCUUGCCAGGACGAGAAAUAGUACCAUGUCUGCUGUUGCAUACAGGAUUUCUUGUAUACUGUAUCAUAGUGGUAUCAGCAGCAAGGAUGCCUUGAGACUCAAUCGUCUUGGCAUUUCCAUGUCUCCCGACAUGGUCAUUUCCAUGCAUCAUAAAAUGGGAGAGAAUUUUGACCAUAAGGUUCAUCUCUGGAAGAAAACGAUCGAAGAAAACCUGACAUCAAGAAAAUUAAUCGAGGAGACUAAAGUGCAGCAAAUCCAAGAUCUUCAAAGUGACGAUAUGGAGAUCGACGUUAAUCUGGAGGAAGUUAAGCUUAGUGAAUACAAGUGGUACAGCCAUGAAACGUACAAGAGGUCAAUGAGUUUACUUGAAGCCGAAAGAAAUUUCGAAGGGGCGUCUUUCACGGAACAGGAUGUCCUAGAAAGGUGCAUCAAUUGGGCACUAAAUAAGUUAAAGGAGGAAAAGUUGCCUCUGUACAGGUAAAAAUUAGUUCUUGAUCAUAAAGAAGCUAGUAGCAAAAAAAUAAAUUUUAUUCAAAAGAAAGAAAUUUGUAAAUAGAGAAAUGACCAACAAAAUAAAUAUGUUUUAACAUCAUUGCAAAUGAAAAAUUUGAAUAUUUUGUGAUAACAAAUAUGAUUUGUCUGCUGAACACUUAUAGAAACAAAUUAUUUUUUAUUUUUAGAGGUUGGAGUUUUCCUGUUGGUACCUUUUUUUUACCUCGUUCCAUAUGCAGUCACAGACAGUCCUUACUAAGCAAUCUUAAUAUUUUUUAUUGAAGGUGCGCCCAUAGGGGCACCGAAACCAAAACAUAAAAUCCCUCCUCCAUGACCCCAUUAUGGGUAACAACCUGACCCCAGUUGUUCAAAAGGUGGAUAGCUCUAUCCAGUGGAUAGUGCAAUUGGUUUCGCAAAUGCUUAUUCGCUAAAUAGUGAUUUAUCUAGUGGAUAGCUUUAUCUAACGGUUCAACAACUGGGGCGAGCUGAUUUCACUAUAUCUGACAGCAGUUUCAAGACCCUUUUGUCAGGACUGUCAACCCCUGUGUCUUCGAAUAUUGAGAAUCGAUAUGAACAAUUUGUUCUCUUUUUUUUUUUUUAGAAUUGUCAGUGAUAAUAUUGACUACGAGAUUACAGCUUGUGUACAGAGAAAGGAUCAUGUGAACCGGUCCCUCCACUGGACGCACCAGUUUGCUGUUGUUGAUAGGGUGCUCAAUCCCAAUCUCGAUGAUACCGGUCCACAGAAAGAUGUCAAGAACCUACAGCUUGUGGAGCUGUUACCAGAUGAACAUGUGCAGAAAAACCUUGUGUUGCAAUGGUCUAUCCUGAUCAGCCGAAUAGUGACUAAGUUUCUACCUGCAUUUAGACCAUAUCAGGCCCAUGUGGUAUAUCACAUACCACACACAUAUUCUGCUGAAAUGUCAUCAAAAUCAGAGACUGUGAGUCUGCAAAUAAAUUAUGUGUUUAUUAUUUAGUUUUGGUUAAUCUUAUUUUUGUAUUUUGCCAAAUCCAGUGACCUAACCUGUCAAUAUAACUACAGGUCUACAAAUAUUGAUUUUACUUCUGAGCAUCCUUCAGACAUAAAUUGCAUUAAAAAUUUGUAUUUUGCUUUGUGUUUGUACAGUGUUCCCUUGGUAUGGAAUUUAAGAACCCAAAUGUUGCUGCUGACAUGUCACAAAUACUUAAGAGCUUCCACCAGAAAUAUGUGCCCUGUGUUCAAGAUGGAAAUAAUCGAACAGUACUCUCAGCAGUUCCACUGCAUGGCGAUCAACUGUUAGAAGAAAGAGCGAGAAAUGUACAAUGGACAUUCAGAGAUGGAGAGAGCCAGUAUGACAGAUUGGAGGGCUUGACAACUGAACAUGCAGAUUGGCAUGCAAAGGUCACAUUAUACAAGGUUGUAGGCACUGAAACAAUUUUGUUAUUAAUACUAACUGGAUUUUUGUAUGCACGUAGAAGCCCAUUAAAAAAAUAAAUAAAUAAUGCCAUUAUCCCCGAAAAGUCACAUGUCUCCAGUGGGUUACCAAAUCUCUGGAUGAAAGAAUGCUUUUUAGCUUUUUUGUACUUUUGAAUUUAGCCAAUCUUUUUCAAAAAAUAAUAAAUUGUAAUUUUAUUUUUAAGCAUUUGCUAUACACUUUCUAUUUUUAAGGACAUUAAAUCAGUGAUAAAUACCAUUUCAUUACCAUGUACAAAUAAUCAAAUAGAGCAAAUAUCAGGAUCUCAAGAUUUUAGUUCUCCAGUGGUCAGCCUCUGGUUAAUAAAUGAAAAAAAUAGACAAAAAUAAAAAAUAGUAAUUCUUUUUCUUUUCUUUUCCUGAAUCAAUCACAGUCUGAAUUUGACAUGUUUGUCAACAAUAAAUCAGCUGCUGAGGUUGGAACAUCCCGAGCAAGUAUGAACCGCUGUGGGAAAACAAAUGCUGCAAAGGGAGUACAAAAUCAUUACAAUGAAUACAAGGACUUCCAUGCCAGAGAGAUGGAAGCUCACAUCUGUGCGUCUUUCAUGGACAUGUGUGGAAUGACAAGUGUUAAUGGUAUGAGAGAAGUUCCUUUAUUAAAGUAUUAAUUCUUUAAGUGCUCCUGGCCCUGCAAAGAGUUAAUGAAAGUUUCAACUAGGAUUCCUUACACUUUUUCAAUGAACUAGGGCCUACUGUAUAGGUAUUUUAAUUUGUCAGGGUUGUGGAUCUUCUUGUUGAAGGUCUAAUAAUAAUCAUUUACUAUUAUUAAUAAGAUGAACAAUAAAUCAACAACUAUUGUAACCUUUUGGUAAUUUUGCUUUCCCAGACACACCCACCUGUCCAUUUCCUAGUCAAGAUACAACUAGUGAUGAAAAAGGCAAAUGGCUACUAAAGUUAUGCAUGCGGCAUGUAGAGUUGUAUGUUCUCCGCUCAGAUCAGCUUUUGUCCCUUGUGCAGCAGACUACUGAACUGGACCAAGUUACCAGGGAACAACACAUGUGUCGGUUUGAAGGCUGUGAUAAGAGCUAUCUCUUACAUUCAAGAAGAGUGAGGUAAGGCAAAAGCUUUUUCCUAGUUUCCACUUACAUGUAUGCUGUCUAGUAAUAAUCUAGAAAGCCUUUUGAUAGAUGUAUCUUCUCACACAAUCAGCCAUGUAGAGAUCAAAAAAGAGAAAUGUUCUGUUCCAACUUUGUCAUUGGUUUGAAAUAUAUUUACCUUUUUUUUUGGAUGUCCUGCAUAAUCCUACCCCCUAAGCAGUGGCGGAUCCAAACUAAGGCCCGCAGGGCUGAAAAAAUUUUUUCGGGAGACGGGCCACCUCCUUAUCUAAGAGUCUGGAUGGCCCCCCGGCCCAUCCUAUCCCUAUCUGAAGGUCUGUAUCCUGCACUGCUAAGAAGGUAAUGUAAUUUGUGAACAAAAAAGGAUAGGACCAUUGAAUAGUAAAAAAUAUAUCAUUAAGUAUCACAGUCUCAAAAAGCCAUUUUUUUUAUAUACAGACAUGAAGUCACAGACCAUCAACUGCGCUUGGAAGCUUAUAGGGCAGAUGAAAGAGAUUCAUUUGGUUAUUAUUUUUGCCGUAAUAACUGUGGACUUGUGUUCAGCACCACCCAUACACGGAACAGGUUAGUUAUUUAAGAGCUCAGUAAUAAUGGGAGUUGUCAUGGUGAACAUUUUGAAACACGUUCAUUAUUACGUUAUUUUGCAGUCACUAACAUCCAACUCUCAGAAAGAACUUCUCUCUUAGACAAUUUACCUGAGAGUUUUAACCAAACCACUGCCCAAUGAUGCAAAAAGCCCACUAUUGGUUGAUGUCCGUCGCUCAAAAACACUUUUGCUUAAGCUCACUAACAACCAUUAGUUGAGCAUAGAAAAAGAAAAACAAAAAAAGAAAAUCAUACAAUUUUUCCUGGUCUGAGAAAUUUUUAAGCUCAAAUUUAAGUAACUAUCUCUUUAAAGAACUUGAAAAGAAUACAAAAGCUGGAGAAGUGUUUGCAUGAAUAAAACUGAUGUGUAUGUACAGCUGUCUGCCAAAAAUUUCUGUCUCCCACAUUUAUGUUAUAUGUUAUGAAUGUUAUGUCAAAUCUGUGCUGCUUUUUUAGGCAUGAACAUCAGAGUCACCCCGAUUUUCAGCCAGCGGAAACAGCAUCCAAAUCAAGUGAUGUCAACAAAGAUGAAGAUUAUUUGUUCAAUUAUCAUCAGGCUAAGAUGUCAUUUGGCUUGAUUUUAAUGGCAUUUGAGGAUGCAGUAAAAGAAGGUGAUGGUCAAAGGCUACAUGAGCUCUACCGGCUCAUGCUGUUGAUCUACAACUCCAAGGGCCACCACAAGUAUGCUUAUGUAACUCUCCUUCACUUGGUAAAACUGAGUGCUCUCUACAGUGAGUUUGAGGCCCACAGAGCAAAGUGGAACCGAGGGGUUAACACUACAGGAGGUAAAGGGAAGAACAUUCCCCUUGACCUGUUAAAGGAGCAGAAGAACCUGAGUAUCAAAACCCUGUGGCGCAACCUUGGUCCAAAUUUAAACGAACAUAAUGCAAUGCGACUGGCUGGAAUUGUCGACCCGACUGAUGACAUCUUGGCAGGUGUAGACCGAGACUGUAAUGUGUCAAACAAGUCUGCAAGUCGUUCUAUUGCAAGUAAAGAGGAGGCUGUUAAGCAAAUCAUAGAGGACCUUGUUUCAAAGCAAGUUUUCACAUAUACAAGGGGCAGAGAAGGUCACCCAUCAUUUCCUGAAUUUAAGUCGGACCUUCUUUCUGGCCUUGAUUACAGAGACCUGCACAAGUGGAUGACAGACUUGAUUGAAACAUGGGCAUCAAUUUAUCAGCCUUAG